AAGAAGAAGAGGCUAAUCUGUAGUUAGCAAAGCAGCAGCAAAAAAGGAAUAAAGGACCGCGGUGCAGACAUGUCAGCAGAUACUAAGAUUGCUGAGCUGCUCACGGAGCUUCACCAGCUUAUCAAACAGACCCAGGAGGAGAGGUCACGCAGUGAACACAAUCUACUCAACAUCCAGAAAACACAUGAGAGAAUGCAGACGGAAAACAAAACAUCUCCGUACUACCGAACCAAACUGAGAGGCCUGUACACCACAGCUAAAGCAGAUGCUGAAGCAGAGUGUAGUAUUCUGCGUCACGCUCUCGAUAAAAUCGCAGAAAUCAAGUCUUUGCUGGAGGAGCGUCGGAUUGCUGCUAAGAUGGCAGGAGUUUACAGCGACAGCGACCCUCCCAGGAAGACAAUGAGACGAGGCGUCCUGAUGACGCUACUGCAGCAGUCGGCCAUGACGCUGCCUCUGUGGAUCGGGAAGCCUGGAGAGAGCCCUCCUCCUCUGUGCGGGGCGACGCCGGCCAGCAGUGACUACGUGGCCAAACAGGGCGACAAGGUGGCAGCGAGGGUGAAGGCGGUGGACGGAGACGAGCAGUGGAUCCUGGCCGAGGUGGUCAGCUACAACCACUCCACCAACAAGUAUGAAGUGGACGACAUUGAUGAAGAGGGCAAAGAGCGGCACACUCUGAGCAGAAGGAGGAUCAUCCCCCUGCCUCAGUGGAAGGCCAACCCAGAGACGGACCCCGAGGCCCUGUUCAGUAAGGACCAGCUGGUUCUGGCUCUUUACCCUCAGACCACCUGCUUCUACCGGGCCCUGAUCCACACUCCACCACACCGGCCGCAGGACGAUUACUCGGUGCUGUUCGAGGACACUUCGUACGCCGACGGUUAUUCUCCUCCUCUGAACGUGGCGCAGCGAUACGUCGUCGCCUGCAAAGAGAACAAGAAGAAGUGAGCUGGAUCUUAAAACACAGCAGAGAACGAAGCCUGCGUGUGAGAAAUAUUGUCUUCGAUAGCAGCUGUUUGCAUUUUAAAUGUAAAAAUGAUCUGAAACCUGCUGAAUCUGAUUCCAUCUGACUCUGAUCAUACUUGAGAUUCCUGCAGAAAGAAACCAAGCUGAGCUGGACGGACAUUCAGUUUGUAUUUUAACAGGGAAACUCGUUCACAUUUUCUUGGAGCGUCAUCUGUUGGUCAGCGAAAGAACUGCAGCGACUUCCAGCUGCUGCAAUGGGAACAAAUGCAGUUAUUUUGAGACUGUAUAUUUUUAUAUUUCAUGCAUCAACAAUUUCUGUGUUGUAUAUUAAAAAAAAACUCUAUGUACAGAA